AGGCAGCUAGUUGUGACAUGUGCGUGUGUCAGGGAACACCCAUACGAUGCUUUCUGGCCGAUUCCUCCCAAAGAUCCCGUCCAUAAUGUGUUAAAACCAGUUUCCUGAGUGUGUUUUGAUAACCAGAUCAGUUGCCUAAGGAUGUGCAGGUUUUGUCGUCUGUAGUGCCUUUUUCCCGGAGCUAGAAUGUUGACUUUCAAUACCGAUCCCGUAGAGGAUUUCUACGAAAUCGGAGAGGACAUUGGCAGUGGUCAUUAUUCUGAGGUCAAAAGGGUGACAGAACGCAGCACUGGUCAGGACUUUGCUGGCAAGUUCGUCAAGAAGCGGCGCUAUGCCUCUAGCCGGCGGGGCUCCAAGCGAGAGGACAUUGUCAGAGAGAUUGAGAUCCUCAGCGAGCUGUCCCACAGUCAGAUCAUCAGCCUGCACGAGGUGUUUGAGACGUCCACGGAAAUGGUGCUGAUUUUGGAAUUAGUGACAGGUGGAGAGUUGUUCCACUAUCUGGCAGAGAAGGACCACGUCAGUGAGGAAGUGGCAGCCAAGUUUACCAAACAGAUCCUGGAUGGACUCAAACACAUGCAUGAUAGACAGAUCUGCCAUCUAGACUUGAAGCCGGAGAACAUCAUGUUACUGAACAUGAACAGUCAUGAGGUCAAGCUGAUCGACUUUGGCCUGUCCAGGAAGCUGGCCAAUGGCAAAGACAUUAGGGAGAUGGUUGGAACACCAGAAUUCAUUGCUCCGGAAGUUGUCAACUAUGAGCCGCUGACCUUAGCAACAGACAUGUGGGCCAUUGGAGUCAUCACGUACAUCUUGUUAAGUGGAUGUUCCCCAUUUCUUGGUGACGACCAGCAGGAGACUUACGAGAAUGUGACAGCAGCAGACUUUGACUUCGACAACGACUAUUUCUCUUCCACCAGUGAACUUGCCAAAGAUUUCAUCCGAAAAUUGCUGUGCAAAGACCCAAACCGAAGAGCUUCCGUUGACGACUGUCUGAACCACAUCUGGAUCAAGCCGUCCAAUAAGAUACAGCGACAACUCCGAGACAGCUCGCAUGUUAAUACAGAGAACCUGAGACGAUUCAAUGCCAAGAAAAGGUGGAAGCAAUCAAUGAAGGUGGUCUCAAUAUGCUGCCGACUCUCAAAAAAUGCCAAAAUCCGCAGCACCACAGGCAAUCUGGACGGGAGUUCCGACCCACUUGAGAACAACGAUGAGUCUUUUGUUCUGAUGGCGGUCUUCCAUGCAGUGGAGGACGGAAACCUCCCGGGUAUCAAGGAGCUGGUGGAGAAUCUCACAACUUACGACCCCGAUCAGAAGAACAAGCAUGGGGAAACUGCAUUGCACAUGGCUUCAGGACAAGGCCACUUGGACAUUGUUGAUUACCUUCUAACCAAAGGAGCUAAGAUUGAUAUCAAAGAUAAGCACGGGGACAAUGCAAUAUACUGGGCAGCGAGGCAGGGCCAAGUUGCUGUCAUUGAAUAUUUAAAGGACCAAGGCUGUCCGCUCAAUGAACAAAAUAAGAUCAAGGAGACGCCUCUCCAUGUGGCCUCUCGUUACGGCCAGGUGGAGGCGGCCCAGCACCUGUGCAGUCUGGGCAUCAACGUAGACCUCCAGGAUGAGGACGGGGAGACUCCACUGCACAUCUCGGCCUGGCACGGCUACACCAGCAUUGUACAGAAACUCUGCCACAAUGCAGACCUAGACCUCAGAAAUAAGGACGGUGAGACGCCACUCCUUUGUGCCUCAGCUCGGGGUCACCUGGAGAUUGUAUCAAUCCUGGUCAAGGCUGGAGCCAAGCUGAACAACACCGACAAGCAGGGACUGACGGCACUACACCACGCCGUCAGGAGACACCAUUACAGCAUUGUCAGGUUCCUGUGCGAGAGCAAUUGUAAUGUCAACAUGCAAGACAAGCUGGGUGACACACCUCUACACAUAGCAAGCAAAGAUGGAUCCCUUCACAUCCUGGAGUUACUGCAUUGCGCUGGUAGCCGUGUAGACACAUUGAAUAAGAGUGAAAUGUCACCACUUCAAGUAGCUGCCAGGAAUGGCCAUAUAGAAAUAGUCAGGUACCUGUGCCUUUCUGGAUGCAAGCUGGAGCACAGGAACAAGGAUGGUUUGACGGCUUCACAGAUUGCAUCUCUGGAGGGACAUGAGGAUGUGGUACUUCUGUUCAAGCAGGUGCAAGGGGAAAAGAUGAGAGAGGUGUACGUCCACCAACUAAGUGCAAACUCAGGACCUCUCUCUCGGAUCCGCUUGAAAAUCUUUGGGCACCAGGGAGUGGGCAAGAGCACCCUCAUCGACUCCCUGAAGUGCGGCUACCUCCGCGGCCUCUUCCGUCGCUCCAAGUCCAACUUGUCCCUCAUCGGUCGCUCGGCCACCAAGAAAUACAUCACCAGUAAAGAGAGCUUGACAGGGAGGUCCAGCUCCACCAGCAGUUCUGAGCAGGACUACAGUGGCACCAAGGGAAUAGAGAUGUCACAGGUCAACGUACCAGGUGCGGGGGAGUUUUCAGUUAUGGAGUUCUCUGGCUACGAGUCAUACCACACAAGUUACUGCCACUUCAUGGACGACGACGGCGCCGUUAAUCUCAUCGUCUUCAGGCUGGAUGACUCAUUUGAGGAUCAGCUAUCUCAGGUCACCUACUGGAUGAACUAUCUCAAGUCCAGGUUACCGGUGUCAGAACCAAUCGGUCACUGUGGCAAGUACAGCCAACAGAUGAAGGUUGCCCUGGUGGCGACGCAUGCAGACUUCCGCACCUGCCCCAAGCUGCCCUCGGGAGAGCUCAUCAGCGGGGAAGGAAACAUCGUCCUCUAUCAGAUCAAGAAGAACUUUGGCCGUCUCUUUGAUAUCUGUGAGAUGUUGUUCGUGGUCGAUGCCAACAACUCCCAGUCCAGGGACAUGAAGCUCCUGCGGACGCACUUGUCUAACCUGAGGAAUUCUGUCGUCAAGCACGAACCUCCUCUGACAGUCCUGUGUGAGGCAGUUCUGUCCAUCCUACCGGUGUGGCGCAAGAGCGACAAAUGCCAGUCUUUCCCUGUCCUAACGUGGCCACAGUUUCAGGAGAUGGUACAUACAAACAUCAACCCACUGGCCAGCGAGCUGCACCUCAAGGACGUGAUCAGACAGUUGCAUUACAUGGGGGAGGUCCAGUGCUUCAUGAGUGAGCUUCUUCAAGAGAUCAUCUUAAUAGAACCUCGGUGGCUCUGCUCCAACGUGAUCGGCCAGCUUCUGUCCCCAGACAUGACCGAUCAGCCGUACGGUCAGUACAGCGUCCAUUACAUCCAAUCAGUCUUCCCAGAAACAGACUCAGUGGAUGUCGUCCAGCUCCUGGAGGCCAUGGACAUCUGCACCCAGGGCACGGUCUGCGAGUUCCCCUCGCUCAUCAAAAGCAACGCACCGCUUGGAAUCUGGGAGAAGGAAGACGAGAACGGCAACUUGAACGUAUACGGAGGGGUGCGCCUGCAGAUAGUAGACUGCACGAGUGUCUUGCCCAUCGGGUUAUUCGCCCGUCUGCAGUUGUCAUUGAGAAGGAACUUUCAACAAGACGUUGAGGAUUUGGACACAGACUUAGUGCUGUGGAAGGACGGAGCCAAGUGUGUGAGUGGUAGCAUGGAAGCCUUACUAAUACUGACCAAUGAGGGCCAGAGCAUUGAGAUCAGGGUACGUGGCAUCAAUGAUACCAGACAGGGCUGUUUUGUAUUCAUGGAGGACCUCAUCCAUCUCGUUAGAAACGUUGUUGAGGAGUCGUACCCGGGGUUGCUUCUCAACCAAGAUGUGUUGAGCCCCACCCAGCUUCGCAACCACGACCGGUUCGUCAUGACGUACGAGCCCAAGCACAUUUUUGAGGUGCAGAUGAACAGAGACCGGGCAGUCCGUAACGAGAUCACUGAGGAGGAGGAGACGUUCACGGACAUCUUCUGCUUUGGCAGUGAAUCCAUUGAGGCUAACACCAUCCCAGGGAUCAACCUACAUGUCGGGGAUCUCCCUGAGCUGACCCGGAGGCAACUGAGCAUGCUCCUCGACCCCCCUGACCCCAUGGGAAAAGACUGGUGUCUCAUGGCACUGUCACUGGGCAUGAUUGACCGCGUCCCCAGCCUGGACCCCAUGAACAACCGAUGCGGCCCCGAAGAGUCGGACAGCCCCACAGAGAGGACACUGCAGGAGUGGGGCAGUGACCCCGGCAGCACCAUUGGUACCUUGGUGGUCAAGCUGAGGGCCCUCGGCCGGGAUGACGCAGCCAGGGUUAUCCUGAACAGCAUGCCAAUGUACAAGUUUCUGCCAGACCCACGAGCCAUCGAGGAGAACCAGAUGAGAAUCAAUGGGACGCCUAACAACUCGUCUAGUACAGUAGCAUCACGAUAAAGAAGCUAAGAUGGCUGGACAAAAUACGCAAAGACAACUACUCACUCAAAGGGAAUCAGUUAGGGAUUUUUAAAUAAACAGGGAAACACAGUGUUCAAAAAUCUCUCUCCAUGUAGGAAGUGGUUGGUUUCAAGUAACAUUUUAUAUCUUAUGUCAGUCAACUUAGUCGAGUUGACUGACAUUAAGUGAUUUGUAGCAUACGUUGUUACAAACAUCCAUUUAAACAUGCCAGCUCUGUAAAGAUGGUCUCAACUCUGGAGGAGAUAUGUGAAUUUUGCUAGUGUGUUGAUACAACAUUGUUUUCAGUCUCAUUGGCCAUUUGAAGGGCUCCCUCAAGUGGCUUCUAGUGGUCAACCUGCUUAUCUGGAGCUCUUGAAUGUUGUCAUUCCUGCAUUGCUGAGACAUACAUCAUGUACAUCAUUCUUAAGGCUGCAGUGGAUCAACUGGAGCUCCAAAACCAUAGCUGCGAGGAGAGAGUGUGCAUCCAAGUCAGUUUCUUGUGCAACUAAGCAAAGUUUCGAACUAAGUGACUGUUUAUAAUGUUUUUUGGUGACUAAUUUUUAUGCUGGUCAAUUGGUAUGCUUUACAGCUCAUUUGAUAAGGGCGAUUCACAAGAGUGCGCCUCCAAGAGUUUACUUUGUAGUGCGUUGACCAAUCACAAUGCGCGAAAUCUGUCAACACAAUGUGCGGUUGGAAAAGAUGGACAGAUUUCGCUCAUUGUCAACGCGUUGCAAACUCUUGGAGGCGCACUUUUGUGAAACGCCCGUAUUGGCACAGUUAGUUUGAUUUUCAAGGUGCUUCACAACAACUGUUUCCUCAACCUUAACAAUACUAAAUUGUCAAAGUGACCAUUACGCAUCAGUUUCUCUGCUGUACAUACACCAUUACCCCUCAGAUGUCUUUCUGAGUGUGGACUCUUUUACAUAUUUUUAAUUGUUUCACUGUCAAGGUGUCAAAAUUGUAAACACAACUACUGUUGUUUUGAUGCAUUACUUUUUUGAGUGAUCUCUGUAGUAUAGCAUUCUUGAUUACAAUAUUCAAAAGGUUCUUGAUUUCUAUUGACAACGUUGAGAGAAGCCAGUACAAAGGGUUCUUUUCCUCUUUUUUUAAACAGCAAAUUCAUUUUUAUCACGAGGUCUUCCAUUUUGAUAUUUCAACACGCCAUGCAUGUAUACUGUAGCCACAAUGUCAGAAUAACAUACUUGACGGUUGCAUGCACUCUUCCUAAGAAUGUGUAGAAUUAAUUAACUUAAACAAUGACUAAAUUAGAAGGAUGGAGCGUUCUUGUUUGAUAAUUGUAUAGUAAAUGGGGAACGGUUGAAAAAUUAA